AUGUUCGACUCUGAUUGUGAAGACGUCCUUCCUUUGGACUGGCAGGCAGAGGUAGAUGAGGAGAACGGCGUGUUUAAUCGCCACCCUCUCAUAGGGGCGAAACUAUUUCUUCCACCCAUGCCCAAACAUUGGCUAAAAGUCACAACUGACCAGGAAUGCAGCGUUUUCAUCAAUUUAAAAACGGGAGCCCAGAGUUAUGCUGAUCCCCGCUUGGCAUUACCCCUCUUGAGAACUCCUGGAGGCAACCCGACCCAGUAUCCCAAAUUUGACGACCUAUCGACAAUCGCUGAGGUUCUUAAUGACUGUGACGUCCCUGGAAAGUACAUAAUUAUACUCGGUGGUACAAGCGGUGUCGGCGCGUACCUCGCAAGAUCUCUGGCCUCUCGUGGCUCAAUAGUCACCUGCCUGUCACGAAACCCACCCUCGGGUAGAUGGUUUGGUUUCCCUUAUACUAACCCCCUCCCUUCACCAUCUAACGGCUCCCUUUUCUGGACCCACCUCGACCUCAGCUCCAUGCAAUCCAUCUUCGGUUUUGCUGAAAUGUAUAAUAAGACGUCCUGGCCGGUUCACUCUCUUGUCCUUGCGGCUGCGACCCUUCCCGAAUCCUUUGAAAACCAAAAGUCUACUGACGGCUUCGAUCGUGUCGUGCAGGUUAAUUUGCUCUCUCAAGUUCUCUUGGUCCGUCUGCUGCAACAUCGUCUCAACGAAGCCACCAGGUCAACAGUGGUCUUUGUCUCCUGUGAAGCUCUACGGGCGACAAACAUAGCCGAAGUGGACGACGUCUACCCAGCACUUGAACCUCUCCGUUCCUCCUAUUCGGAUAUCUGCGGGCGUGUCCAACUCUAUGCCAAUACAAAAUUUCUUCAGGUUCUCUUUGCUCUGGCAUUCCGAGAAUUCCUUCAACGACGCAAGAGGCGAUAUCCCUUGAUCUCGGUCUGUUCCCCAGGCAACUUGAUUCGGCGAAGCAAGCUCAUCUCCUCUGCUAGUUGGACGCGUUGGUGGUGGUUGAAGUGCCUUCGCCUCUUAGCCUACCCCCUUUCCAAAAGUAUGGAAUGCUCUGCCGCCACACUUGCUUUAUGCGCCCUUCACUACGGUACUGAUACGUCUCGAGGUAGGAAGAAUGACAGCCCCUACUUCAAUGGAUGCAUUCCGGUCUCGUUACCGGAGGCAGCACUUGACCCAGAAAUGACUCGGGCUACCUGGACACAUGUUAAUGCACUGCUGGAAGAGAGAUUUCAACUGCCGUCAUGGAGAUAA